CUUAGCUCGUUCUGAGGAAGCCCAUUUUUCACCAUCUCUCUUCCCUUGUAUCGGACACAACACGUUUGUGUCGCAACAAACUUAACUCAACUCGCCGUUGAAAGCAAAACCCAGCCGGAAAACAUAUACGGAGUUCGUCGUCGGCCGCCUAAAACAAGCAAGAUUAGAAUCAAACAGGUGUGUGAUGGCUGGCUACAUUAUCAGACGAGCAUUAUCGUGCCGUAAUUUGUUUCGCCUACCAACCUGUGCUCUACAUGUUUGUGAAAAUUCCCCUGUUAAACUUUGCAUAUCUGAUGCUAGCUCUAGAGUCUUUACUCUUCCAACUGUGCCUAAUUUUAUCAGCGAAAGUCGUAGGUCCUUUGCCAAAGGCCGAAAGUCGAAGGAUGAAGGGGGUGUUAGUACAGUUGAGGUUCCACCAAACGUGGGUCCUACCAUUAAGGCUUCUGCUGCCUCACAGAUGGAGUCUGCAAUGGCUGCAUUAUCCGUUGAACUAAGCAAACUACGAACAGGAAGAGCAUCCGCUGGAAUGCUUGAUCACAUUAUUGUAGAAACUGGCGGUGUCAAGAUGCCUUUGAAUCGGAUUGCUCUUGUUUCCGUACUCGAUCAAAAAACCUUAUCUGUUAAUCCUUAUGAUCCAGAGACACUUAAACAAUUAGAGAACGCCAUUGUUUCAUCUCCAUUGGGAUUAAAUCCUAAAACAGAUGGUGAAAGAUUGAUUGCUGUCAUUCCACCAUUGACCAAAGAGCACGUGCAGGCUAUGAAUAAGUUGGUGACUAAAUCUUGCGAGGAUACUCGGCAAAGCAUUAGAAGAGCUCGACAAAAGGCAAUGGAUGCCAUUAAGAAACUGAACUCCAGUCUUCCCAAGGAUGACAUAAAAAGAUUGGAGAAAGAAGUUGAUGACUUGACAAAAAAAUCUAUCAAGACUGCGGAAGAUAUAUGCAAGGCAAAAGAGAAGGAAAUUAGUCAAGGUUGAGAUGCGGUUUUAUUCUAGAUUUUGCUGAGGUUUCACUGCUUCAUCUCAUUUAAUCUGCUAGGGCCUGAAAUUUUAUCUGGUCUAAGCUUAAGCUGAAUAGAGUAUCAUACAACUAGUCAUUAUAUUUAUGUACUAUUUUGUUAAUCUAGCAAUAUUUGAAGAUAAAAAAGAAAAAUCUCGUUCUCGACCCGUGGGUUUCGAGCUGUGGUGUUGGUCUAGACUGCUAUGUUGUGUUUGAUCAACCAUCUUUUGUUCAUGGUUGCUACUCCCUUGUCUGUUUUCAUAGUGAUGUGUAGAGAUUUUGGUGAGGAUAUAAAUACAAAUAAUUAUACACUAUAGCAGAAGCUGAAAAUCAUGAAUUUUCGGUAGGAUAUGUUGGCAUCAAGCCUGUUAUUUUACCAGCUUUUUUAAGACUUGAUUUUUCCA